AUGAGACAGAUUUCUUCAAAUAUUAAAGAAGGUGCUAAGGUAAUUUGUCCUGAUUUGCAACUAGAAAAUAAAAUUAAGGUCUCAACAGAUCAUAUGAAGUUCGCAGCUUUUCCUAAAACUAAUUCAGACACCAAUCAAGAUACAAGUGACGAAGAGAGAAUAAGUGGUAGUGAAACAGAUAUUUUAAGUAAUACUGAUGAUAGUGGGGAUGGAGAAGUCAUAAAUGUUCAUAACGUUAAUAACGUCUGA